AUAAUUUUGACGAAAUGGCAACCCCCUCCCUAUCAAUCCAACAAGAAACAGAUCUACUCAAAAAGGAGAACAGACUCAUAGGAAGAUGGUAUCGGAAAUACCAACUCGAGUUUCGAGACAUCUUCGUCUUCCAUAACAACCUCGAGCAUCUCAGGACAAAAUUCGAAUUUAACAAGAGAGCCAAAAGAAAGAUCAUCAAGAAAGCUGACUUUAAUCAUCCCUGAAGAUUCCCUCGCUCUUUUGAAUUCUCGUGAAGAUUAAAGACAAAUAGAAAGAAGAUUAAGGCGAGUCUUAAAGGGAUCUUGGAUAAGCAGAUUUAUACUAUUUCUGUAACAAAUAAAGAUUUUAUCUAUUAUGCUCCGCUUAGUCGUUAUUCUCCCUAUAUUUACAGUAUUCUUCCAAAUGUGUCAUACAGCUUUAUCUUAGAAGGAUAUGAGGUGUCGGUAAAGAGCUUGGUAUUGAUCCUUUCGAACCUGCAGAACUGCAAAAGCCUGGAGCUGGGGAACUGAAAGUUUGGAGAGUUUAAGAAAAAGUAUAAUAUACGCUCCAAGUCAAGUCUUAGCAUCAUUAAAAUCAAAUACUGCAAAGAUCACUUGAACAGAGGAUUUUUUGCUAGCCAAUCCAGCUUUCGGAGACUCUUAGAGAUGAUUCAAGGAUCAUCUCUAAUAAAUAAUCUGAAGCAGAUUGAUUGAAUGCCAACUCUCAAAGAUAAAGAUUUGAUAAGGAACGAAUAUGCAAUGUUUGGGCUUGAAAAUCUGUUAAAAAUUUCCUAA